AUGGGUAACGUCAUGCGAGGUGUCAUUGCCUUCAUCCCAUCGGAACGCUGCCAACGCUUUCUAGUGGGGGACCUGAAGGAGAUGCCGCUUGAUCGGACUCUGGAUCUGAGCAGCCGCCAGUUGCGACAGUUACCCGUCGCUGCUUGUGUCUUUGACGAGCUGGUCAAGCUCUACCUGAGUGACAACAACCUCAGCAGCUUGCCAGAGGAGCUGCAUCUUCUGAGGAAACUUCAGUUGCUGGCCCUUGACUUUAACUGUUUUGAGGAGCUACCUGCAGCUGUCUGCAGACUGCCUCAGCUUAGCAUCCUUUACUUGGGCAACAACAGACUUUAUCACCUUCCAAAGGAACUUCAAGAGCUCAAGGAACUUAACACAUUAUGGCUGGAAACUAAUUGCUUCAGCGUCUUCCCAAAUGUGGUUUGUGAGCUCCCCAAUCUCAAGACCCUGCACCUCGGUUACAACCAGAUUCACAGUUUACCCAACGAACUUGGCAGGCUGGAGGAGCUUCGAAGUAUCUGGCUAGCUGGGAACGAGCUGACAGAGUUCCCGCCUGUGCUGCUGGAGAUGCACUUCCUUGCCAUAGUGGAUGUGGAUCGCAACAGAAUCCAACGUUUCCCCGCACUGUCUCACUUGCAGGGGCUAAAACUGGUCAUCUACGACCAUAACCCCUGUGUUAAUGCCCCGGUGGUGGCCGAGGGAGUCAGAAGGGUUGGUCGCUGGGCGGACUGCUCAGACGAUGAUCAAGACGACGAAGGGUCAAAGAUGGCCAGUGAUUCUCCUGCCAAGGUUGUGGAGGUUGAGCCGCAGGAGGAGCUCCACAUGUAAGGUCAAUGGACAACAUGACAUUCAACUGUGGAAAGGUCUGACGGUGCAGCAUGUCGCUCAAGUGGAUCACUUGAAACAAAGAGGGUGUGCAGUGCUUUGCCAUAAAUGGUCAAGAAUGGCCUUGAUUGGACCAUACAUGUUGACUUUGGAAUUGGGGACCAUAUUUAGUGUUGGUCCCCAUGUUUCUACAGUCAUUGUUAUUGGGAAAUAUGUUAUAUCUACAAAGAUGUAUCAUAGAUUAUUGUACAGUAGUACCUCAACUCACAAGCCUAAUUGGUUCUUUGACGGACCUCUUAACUCAAAACACUUGUGUCUCAAAUCAACGUCUCCCUUUGAAAUGAGGCGGGGCGGCAUAGCUCGGUUGGUAGAGUGACCGUGCCAGCCACUUGAGGGUUCCAAGUUCGAUUCCCGCUUCCGCCAUCCUAGUCACUGCCGUUGUGUCCUUGGGCAAGACCCUUUACCCACCUGCUCCCAGUGCCACCCAUAGUGGUUUAAAUGUAACUUAGAUAUUGUGUUUCCCUAUGUAAAGCGCUUUGAUUCACUAGAGAAAGGCGCUAUAUAAAUAUAAUUCACUUCACUUCACAAUUGAAAUCAAUGUAAUCAGUGUUUGCCCCAACCCCCCAAAAAACAAAAAAAACAGCAUCAUUCUAAAGGGGACUUAUUAUGCAAAACCAACUUUUCUUACCUUUUGGUACACUGCCUGCUUUUGUGUAUUUGGGAUCCCCAUGAGACCCGAAACUUUCAAAUU